UCAUCAUCUUUUCCCUUACCCCACCCCACUCCCCUUUUUUUUUUUAUUAAUAUUUCUCCCAUCUAUAGCUAUUUCCUCCUCACUCCCCCCCUUUCUUCUUCACUUUCCUACUUAGCUUCAUUCACUUUUGUUUAAUUUCCCAAGUACAUCCAUGGAAAUCUCUUGCUUUCAAUAUUCUUCUCCGAAUUGUAGUCCCGAGGAAGAGGACGACAUGGCUGCCAACUGUCUUAUUCUCCUCGCCCAGGGCGGCGGCGGCUCUCAUCAGAGCGCGAUCAAAGCCGCCGCCCGGAAGUUCUCCGAUAUGGCGGCGUCCGGAGCCGCCGCCAUCGACGCGUACCUCUACGAGUGCAAAACUUGCAACCGGGCGUUCUCGUCCUUCCAGGCUCUGGGCGGGCACAGGGCGAGCCACAAGAAGCCGAAGCUCGUGGUGGAUCUUCAGCAUCACGAUCACCCCCACCCCGCCACGACCGCCGUUAGGAAAGAGAUCCCGCCGCCAAUCUUAGCCUGCCCUGAAAAGGCUCCGAAGAUUCACGAGUGCUCUAUAUGCGGGGCGGAGUUCUCCUCAGGGCAGGCUCUGGGCGGUCACAUGAGGAGGCACAGGCCGGUUGUUGCGACCAACGCCGCCCCCGUCACCAGAGACGUAGGGACGGAAUCGUCAGUAAAUCACGACUCCGUCCCGAGAGGCGGUCUGGAUCUCAACUUACCGGCCCCACAGGAAGAAGAGGAUGAGGAAGGAAAUAGUAGCAAUAAUAAUAAUGCCAACAACAAGUUUGAAUUCUCGGGCAAGCAACAAAGUCUUGUCUUCUCCGCCCCACCUUUGGUGGACUGUCAUUACUAGAGCUAAUGGUAGUGUGCUUAGUCGGGGAUUAUAUUAAUUAGUGAUUAAAAGGGACCACCCUAUAAUUUAAUAAACCAUAUGCAUCGUCAAAUGUAUUGUGUAUAAAUAUACCAUUUAUAAAUGAUUUGUUACAAAUAUUAAACAGCAAAUUUUAGG